AUGUCGCUCUCCACUGCGCAAAAUGAUUUAUUGCGGCAGCUCGGAACAUCACUCGACAACGGCCUGACAACUGACGAAGCUUCAGCCCGCCGCGAGCAAGAUGGCCAUUUUAACAUCGUCACCCCACCCAUCAAUUGUCCUGCUUGGGCUUGCGUGUUACUUCCCUGUAUCAAGCACGUACCCUCAAUGAAAAUUUUUGGGCAAAUCAAACCGGACGAUGCCGAAGUAUUGCGCAAUAGCAAAUGGGUGCGGUACGAUUCCGGAUCCCUCGUCAAGGGCGAUAUUAUUCGUUUAGAAGAAGGCGAUAUUGUACCUGCUGAUUGCGUGGUUCUGACGGUUGAUUCGGUGGACGAGCUGUUGGUGGAUGUUCGGUAUUCUACGGGGGAAGACAAACCAAGGAGUGCACAACCCACUUCGGCAACAAAUCCUUCCGCCGUAGCAGCUACAGCCAAACCGAUUCAGCUCUUCUGGGGUGGACAGGUGGUACAGGGAUCAACGCGUGCUGUUGUAACGGCUAUUGGACCAAAUACUUUGACAGCUUCGUUGAUUCGGGAAAGCAAGUUUCCUCCGAGAGGUAACGUAAUGCAAGAGAGGGCGGGUUUUUCGGAAGAUGUGGAAUCUGGCAUUGCUUUGAUCGGACAAAACGAAGGAAUUCAAUAGCUGUUGGACCCCCAGCUUGCGACAACUUCGCAAGGACAACAGCACCUGAUGAUUGCCCGACAGGGACCCGUAAACACUCCGUUUCUACUGUGCGCUCUCAGAUUAACGGCGUCGAUUUAUUGUGGCGGGAAGAGCUUCGUUACGUCUUGCGCCUCUUUACGAAGUCUGCUCAACAAGAACUCACUGUCCAAGAAUCGCCGAGAAGAACGCGAAAGUAUCAAUAGCUUAUUCCAGAUUUUUGUGAUGUUAGCCUACUUGUAAAGCAGCGGAGGUCUGUCAUGACGGUGUAGUGGCUGGUUUCGCUCCGGAAAUUAAGUUCUGGUUUUAUAUCUCAACAUAACUAGAGAUAAAGUUACAGGCACGUUACUGUAAGUCCGCAGAUUGCUAAUGC